UUAAACUCACAGCAGAAGAAGAGUGACAGGCCUCCGUAGUCCACACUGUAGUAAUGAGCUGACGACUCAAGCUAACGUGGGCAGUUAUAUAUAUUUAGUGGAAGUCUGUUUAAAGAGCAGCCAUGGAUAUAGCGCUGUAUCUGAUAGCAGCUGCUAUCCUCAUUGUCCUCAUUGUGUUUGCGUUGAAGGUGCGUGGGAGAACGCAGGAAGCUGAUGAGGAGCAGCGCAGGGAUGUUAUCCGGGCAGCGGGGCCCCCUCAGCGUGCAGCGGAGGAGCGGGGAGCCGGUAUGCCUCGCAGGAGGAGGAACCUGGCCUCGGUGAUGGCUAAUAGACGACCACAGAGAGAUGCUGUGGAGCAAGAGGAGGAGCGUGUAGAGGAAGAAGACGUGGAGCAGCAGAGCUUCCAGACGCACGCUAAAGUCGGAGCCAAGAAGCAGAAGAAGCUGGAGGAGAAACAGGCCAAGAAAGCCCAGAGAGAGGCAGAGAUGGAGGAGAGGGAGGAGAGGAAGAGGAUGCAGGAGCUCCGAGAGCAGGAGAGGCGUCAGGAGGACGAGAGAGAACGACAGCUGGAGCAGAAACAGGAGGAGGACGAGCGCCGGGCUAAAGAGGAGCAGGAGAUACGGGAGGAGGAGGAGUACUUGCGACUCAAAGCCUCAUUCACCGUAGAGGACCAGGGAGAAGAGGAGCAGCUCACAGAGGACCAGUCGCGCAACCUGCUGCAGGAUUUCAUCCAGUACAUCGAGAGCUCUAAGGUGGUGCUCCUGGAGGACCUGGCUUCUCAUUUUGGGAUGAGGACACAGGACGCUAUCAGCAGACUGCAGGACCUGUUGGCUGAAGGCUCCCUCACAGGAGUGAUCGACGACAGAGGGAAAUUCAUCUCCAUCACCCCCGAGGAGCUGGACUCAGUGGCUAACUUCAUAAGACAGAGAGGCAGAGUGUCCAUCACGGAGCUCGCUCAGGCCAGUAACUCUCUCAUCAACCUGAUGCCUGAGAGCCGCAGCACGGCGUGACGGACGUCGCUCUGCUGCAGGACACCUGGACGACAGAUUGCCCCCCUCUGCUGGUGUAAAGCACAGACUGGACUGAUGCCAGGUGGUGUUAUGAUCUGCAUCCCGGCGCAGUAGCCUUUAUUCACCAGUAGGUGUCACACUUCAUACAGAUCAGGACGUCUGUUUGACUCACCUAAAAUGUGUGACAUUACAUUAACAAGCCCAUGAAAAACUGAUUAAGCAUAGUAAAAAAAAAAAUUAAAAAUCACUUCCUUUCCUCA